CAAGGCCGCAACACUUCAAGACCCACAUCGACGCUAUGGCCCGCAGCAAGGAACUCGCCCCCAACGUCGGCCGCCUCUCCCGUUCCGGCGUGUUCGCCCGCCGCGGUCUCUUCAAGGGCCAGAAAAAGACGGAGAAGCCCGCUGCGGCUGAGGUCGCCCCCACCAAGGAGGUCUCCGUUGGCGGUGACAAGAACGGCGGGAAGCGUCUCGUCCCCACCCAGAAGGCUCCCCGUUUCUACCCCGCCGAGGAUGUCCGCCAACCCAAGAAGAGCCGCAAGGCACCCAAGCCCACCAAGCUCCGCUCAUCCAUCACUCCCGGCACCGUCCUCAUCCUCCUCGCUGGCCGUUUCCGGGGGAAGCGCGUCGUGUUCUUGAAGCAGCUCGACAGCGGCCUCCUCCUCGUCACCGGCCCCUACAAGGUCAACGGUGUUCCCCUGCGGAGGGUGAACCAGGCAUAUGUUAUUGCCACCUCCACCAAGGUCCAGCUCGGCGAUGACUUCAAGGUCGACGAGAAGGUCACCGAUGCGUACUUCGCGAAGCCUACGUCGAAGGGCGCGCGCUCUGCAGAGGAGGAGUUCUUCUCUGAGGGCAAGCCGAAGAAGGAGGCUUUCCCUGAGUCGAAGGCGGCGGACCAGAAGUCGGUCGACGCGGCUGUCAUUGCUGCCAUCAAGAAGACCGAGUACCUCCAAAAGUACAUCAAGGCGAGCUUCGGCCUCUCGAAGGGCCAGUUCCCCCACCAGUUGGCGUUCUGAGUGGCGGGUUCUCUUUGGUGGAUGGGUUGGGGCAGACUGCGAGGAGGACUCGACGAGGGGAGCUUCCUUGGCGGCCGCGCUGCAGCUAUGACUAUGAUAUGCCCUAUAGCACACGCAUGACAUCUAUACGCGCUUUC